AACAAGCAGAGAGCGUAAUGUUAAGCAACAAGGCAAGCACGUGCGAUGACUUCCACGCGUGUCACCUCAAUUUCGUUCCACUCGCCUCUCUCUCUCUCCCCAAAACCCUGAACCUCCGAGCCUGGGCAGCUGUGUGCACGGACAAUGCUUUGAAGUUAUCGUUAAUGGCCAUCUUCAGAUCUCUCAAAAACCUAGUUUCUCAAUCGCUCAGAAGUCGGUCCAAUUUCACUUCGUACAGAGAUUUCUUCUCCCUAUCUCUCCCCUCUCCUUCCCCAAUCCCAACUCCAUUUCUGCUGCCUACUAACAGUUAUAGUCGCCGGCACUUUCUCUUCCGGUCGAGGUUUGUUUCGCCAGUUGGUGGCCCACUAUUCCUCUCCAGUCCACCCUGGAAGCUUUCACAGUCUGCCACCCCUCUCCUCCUCCAGUCCGACGCCGUCUUGAGCUUCCUUAAACUCCGUGCUCUGAAUUUACUUCACCAGCCCGCCGCUUCCUACAAUCCUGGGUAUGAUGUUCCGAGGCUGCUGAAUGAUCGGGAGCAAUUUAGAAAUGGGGCUGAAGUUAAUGCUAGUGUUGGCGACGGUGGGAUCAGUGACAGUUACUUGAACCUUCCGAAUUUUAUUUCAUUCACUCGGUUGCUCUCUGGUCCCUUGCUUGGAUGGAUGAUUAUAAAUGACAUGUAUUCCUCUGCAUUUAUUGGACUCGCCAUAUCAGGAGCUACUGAUUGGUUAGAUGGUUACGUGGCCAGGAAAAUGAGAAUCAAUUCUGUAGUUGGUUCCUACCUUGAUCCUCUCGCAGAUAAGGUUCUAAUUGGGUUUGUCGCUCUGGCAAUGGUGGAUAAGGGUCUUCUUUAUCCUGGACUCGUUGCUCUUGUUGUGCUGCGUGAUGUUGCUCUUGUUGGUGGUGCGGUAUACAAAAGAGCUAGCAGCAUGGAUUGGGAGUUGAAUAGUUGGCGUGACUUCUUCAACCUCAAUGGGGCGCACGCCCAGAAGGUUGAGCCUCUCUUGAUAAGCAAGGUAAAUACAGUUUUCCAGCUGGUCCUAGUUGCAGGAGCUCUACUUCAACCAGGAUUUGGAAAUGAAGAAACUCAGCUCUAUAUCAACUAUUUAAGUUGCUUAGUGGCUUCUACAACAGUAGCUUCCACUGCCGCAUAUGGGGUGCAAUACUGGAGAAAUGGAGCUUCAUUGACGAGGAAGACUAAGUUCCGAAGUUGAAGAAAACCAGAAUAUUUUUUGUUCCUUAUCAGCUGCAAAAGCAAAUAAAAUGUCUUUUAUAAUAUUUGAGCAAAGUGCGUAGAAGCAACUAUAGAGCAUCACAUGCACAAUUUUAUGCUUGUACCAAGAGCAAUCAUAUCCUCAUCUCCUGAGCUUUA